ACACACCCAAAGCGCCAAAACUUUCAAUUUCACGCACUGGAUAAGCUUCCUUUCGUGGACCUCUCUAUCUGUCUGUUUUUCGCGAGAAAAUUUCGGCAAAUGCACUUUUUCCCGGAAAAUCUUUAACGACCAACUUUUCUAUUCUUUCUUUCGAUACAAUGGCAGCUGUGAUUUCUCUGUCUUUCUCAGUACCAAGUCAAUGUCCUGAGAGAAAAGCGAUCGUAUCUUCUACUCGUACUUCAGCUACGAAUUUUGAAGGAUUUCGAUUGCGUUCGAGCUUGUCGUGUCACUAUGUGGGCGUUCGAUCCUCGGGUUCUUGUAGUAGGGUCAUUCAUUGCAUGUCCACCUCCAUAGAGUUGCCCACUGUAUCUGAGACGAAGUUGAAUUUCCUUAAGAAGUUUAAUCGACCUAUUCCCACUGUCUAUAACAAUGUGCUUCAGGAGCUGAUUGUCCAGCAACAUUUGAUGAGGUACAAGAGAACAUACCAAUAUGACCCCGUGUUCGCCCUUGGUUUUGUUACUGUGUAUGAUCAGCUCAUGGAAGGAUAUCCUAGUGAUGAGGACCGAGAUGCCAUCUUCAAAGCAUACAUAAGGGCACUGAAGGAGGACCCAGAUCAAUAUAGAAUUGAUGCACAAAAAUUGGAAGACUGGGCUCGGGCACAGACUGCCACUUCAUUGGUUGAGUUUGCCUCUAGAGAAGGAGAAGUUGAGGGGAUGUUUAAGGACAUCGCAGAAAGAGCUGGGCGUAAGGAGAGUUUCAGCUACAGCCGUUUCUUUGCUGUUGGGCUCUUUCGUCUUCUUGAGUUGGCAAAUGCAACUGAACCCACAAUUUUAGAGAAGCUCUGUGAAGCCUUAAACGUUAACAAAAGAAGUGUGGAUCGGGAUCUCGAUGUAUAUCGCAAUCUGCUUUCCAAGCUGGUUCAGGCAAAAGAGCUUCUAAAGGAAUACAUGGAUAGGGAGAAGAAGAAGAGAGUGGAACGAGCAGAAGCACAGAAGGCUGAUCAGGCCAUCGCAAAAUGUUUGGCAGAGUACCAGCAGCAUUAAGGCCAGUAAGUUUUUGUAGUGGUUCCUCCGAUUGCCCACCACCCUCUGAAGCUACGAAUCCCUAAUUUGUUUGUAGUGUUGUUGAGGUACGGUUGAAGUUUUUAUAGUUUAGGCAGCUUUUAUCAUCUGGUUACUUUGCAUGUAUAGUGUAUCGUUCUGAAUGGUGAUAUAGCUACAUCUUCCAUUGAUGGUAUCCGCAUACAUCUCCGGGAAGAAAAGAAAAAUAUGUCCUUCGUUUUUCUACGAACUGUAUUUUAUAAUUUCAAAGCUAUAAUGUAAUACUCAAAAUGCAUAUAAAUUGGUAUUCUGCUUGGAAAA